CUGGGAGCCAUGGCGGCGGCUGCCUACGAGCUGCUGGUGCUGGGCGGGGGGUCCGGGGGGCUGGCGGGGGCCCGGCGGGCAGCGGAGCUGGGGGCCCGGGUGGCCCUGGUGGAGCCGCAACGUUUCGGGGGCACCUGCGUCAACGUUGGGUGCGUGCCAAAGAAGGUGAUGUGGAACGCGGCGACCCACGCCGAGUUCGUCCACGAUCACGCCGACUACGGCUUCGAAACACCCGGCGUCAAGUUCAGCUGGAGAACCGUUAAAGAGAAGCGUGACGCCUACGUCAGGCGCCUGAACGACAUCUACGAGAGCAACAUCAAGAAGGCUCACAUUGACAUCAUUCGGGGCUACGGGCAGUUCACCGCUGACCCCCAGCCCACCAUCCAGGUGGAAGGGAAGAAGUACACGGCUCCUCACAUCCUCAUCGCCACGGGAGGGCGCCCGGCCGUGCCCCCCGACGGCGACAUUCCCGGUGCCAGCCUGGGGAUUACCAGCGACGGCUUCUUCGACCUGGAGGAGCUGCCCAGGCGCAGCGUGGUGGUGGGUGCCGGAUACAUCGCGGUGGAGAUGGUGGGAAUCCUGUCCACCCUGGGCUCCAAGUCGUCCCUGCUGAUCCGCCAGGACAAGGUCCUGAGGACUUUUGACUCCCUGAUCAGCUCGAACUGCACCCAGGAGCUGGAGAACAGCGGGGUGGAUGUCUGGAAGCACAGCCAGGUCAAGAGGGUCACCAAGUCCCCGUCUGGGCUGCUGGAUGUGACAGUGACCUCCUCGGUGCCCGGGCACAAGCCGGUGGAGGGAGUGAUCCGGGAUGUUGACUGUCUGCUGUGGGCUGUGGGGAGGGAGCCCAACACUGAGGAGCUGUGCCUGGACCAAGUGGGCGUGCAGGUGGAUGCCAGGGGCCACGUGGUGGUGGAUGAGUACCAGAACACCACCAGGAGAGGGAUCUACGCCGUUGGGGACGUCUGCGGGAGAGCCCUUCUCACACCAGUGGCCAUCGCAGCUGGCAGGAAGCUGGCCCACAGGCUCUUUGAGAACAAGCCAGAAUCCCGGCUGGACUACCACAACAUCCCCACCGUCGUCUUCAGCCACCCGCCCAUCGGCACCGUGGGCCUCACAGAAGAGGAGGCCGUGGCCGCGCACGGGAGGGAGAGCGUGAAGAUCUACAGCACCUCCUUCACCCCCUUGUACCACGCCGUCACCCAGAGGAAGGGCAAGUGUGUCAUGAAGCUGGUGUGCGUUGGCAAGGAGGAGAAGGUGGUGGGGCUGCACAUGCAGGGGCUGGGCUGCGACGAGAUGCUGCAGGGCUUUGCGGUGGCCAUCAAGAUGGGGGCCACCAAGGCUGACCUGGACAACACGGUGGCCAUUCACCCCACGUCUGCUGAGGAGCUGGUGACGAUGCGCUGAGGAGGGGGGGGGGUGGGUGCAGGGGAGCAGCUGCAGAGGAGGGUGGUCUUGUGUGCCUUCAAACGAAACGCCUUCCCCUCAGGUUUCCUGGAGAGGGUGUCUGGAAAAUCGGGGUGGAGUGAUUGGGAGUGGAAAAUAAAAAGAGACAAGGUUUUUU